UCAAUUAUUAUUCUGAACAUAUUGGAAUGUAGAAUUUCAGGACUAGUUUUGUGUCAUUUUGUAUGGCUGCAGGUUUUUGUGUCUCUAGCUGCUGAGUAUGAAACUCCUAAGAAUUCCUUCAAUCAGAUAUCUCUAUGGGGUGGUAUCCUUCCCUCUAAAGAGCAUGCCAAGUUUUGGAUUCAUACAUCAAAUAAGCACCGCUUCAUUGACCAGGGAAGCAAUUUGCGUGGCAAAGAAUAUAAUCUGACUUUGCAUUGGCAUGUUAUGCCAAAAACUAGCAAAAUGUUUGCAGAUAAAAUAGUCAUGCCAAGUUACCGAUUGCCAGAGGAAUAUAGAUGAUGAUGCCUACUUUUCGUGUUAAUUCUUUUGCUGCUGUAGGUUUAACCUUUUCUAUAACGGAUAUAGAAGGUUAGUUCAAAGAACUAGAAUCAGGGAGUUUGUGUUUUGGAAAGUGAAAUCAAUAGCGUUUCAAUGAAUUACAUGAACAUUGGAAGUUU